UGUAGAGAUUGCACGGAUUGCAAUGAUUGUACGGGCUGUACAAAUUGUAAAGGUUGCAGGAGUUGUGUAAGUAGUACGAAUUGUGAAAAUUCCAAUAGUUGCACAAACUGUCACGGUUGUUCAAAUUGCAAAAGUUGCACAACUUGUAACGGUUGUACGAAUUGCAAAAGUUGUACGAAAUGUACGAAUUUACGAAAUUGUAACAGUUGUACGAAUUGUACGCGUUGUCCCAAUUCGAACGGAUUAGAACAUAAUAUUAGCGAAAAUUCUACAAUCGGUGCAGAUAAAUACAGUAAUUACCGUUAUACCGUACAACUGAAAACCGAUUCGAUUCUGCCAUCAUCAAUGACCGUUACUUUCCCUCAGAGGAAAUCGUCUUUGGUCGUGUUCGCCACUGAUUAUGAAAACUAUGCUGGCGUGCAUUCCAGUCAAAAAAUACCUUACGGUCACAGACAUUCUGUAACCAUUCUGUCGAGAUCAAAGGUCCUAAACAAAACGCACUUAGAUCAAUUGCGCAACCGAAUAAUGUCAGUUCGUCCACAUGAACUGUCAACCGUUGACCAAGAAAAGUGUAAAGACAAUAUUACUUUUAUAACUUAUUAUGUUAAAUAAAAAAUUAUCUUAUUUUUUUUUGUUACCCAGCUU